AUGAACCCGACCAUCUCUGUCCCUCGUCAACAUGCCAGUCCUGCCAGCUUUGGUGGCACAACCGCAUCCAGUCGCGGAUCCAAAACUAAAAAUACCUGGCACCGUCCGGACCCUUCCUUUACAUAUUUGCUCUCAUUCUUUCUCCUGCUCACUGCGCUCGCUUGGGGCCUUGCUUAUGCGCCGGCCUUUGGCUCGAUCGUCCGCCUGUCGCUCCUCUUCAUCUUUGUCCACUUCAUCGGUUCGUCGCUGGUGGUAUCGACCGUAGCCUACUUUGCGAUUCCACGACUCUUUGGCCCUGACGGUGCGGCCGCAUCUCUGUCCGGAUUCAGAGGGUCUCGCGGACGAAGGCGCGGCGCCGCACAAGGCUUGUUCGUGCAGCCUGGGGAGAAGGAUCAACUGGAGUUUGGAUACUGCUUUGAUGUCUCGAAUCGGGCCUUCUUCCCUCUAUAUCUCCACCUCUAUGUCGUCCAAUUCCUUCUUCUACCCUUACUCACCCGCAGUCCGAGCAACUUCCUCGCUACUUUCCUGGGAAAUACGCUCUAUCUCUCCGCGCUGAUCUACUACACCUAUAUUACCUUUCUGGGGUACAAUGCCCUCCCGUUCCUGCACAACACCGAGCUCCUACUCCUCCCGAUCUUGGUCUUGUCCAUCAUGUGGCUCGUGAGUCUCAUAGCCGGCUGGGGGGUCGUCAUGCACGGACACAGCGUGGAGGGGUUGUUCUGGGGUGUCUGA